AUGACGAGCAGCGGUGAUGUCACAGUAACCAGUGGGACCAUUCUCAGUGGUGAUGACAUCACCGUGUCCUACGGCGAUGUGGGUGUGGUCAGUGACACCAUGGUGCUGGACGAUGGCCUAACUAUGGUGAUCCCGACCAUCAACAGCGAGGACAUGACAGAUCUCGCCUCCACGCCCUGGCUGGACCUUUCUGAGUACAUCCCUGUGAGUGUUCCCACGACUACCUCGCAGUCCAUCACCACCUCACCUACCACCACCAUCGCUCCAACAACAGAAAAACCAGCCAUCACGACCACCACGGGUUCUACUAUAAGACCUCAGGGGAGAGCAGAGGAGAAUAGCGAGAACAACUCCAUCGACAUCUCAUACAACAGGAUCAUCGGCGUAGACAACGACAUCUCUCAAAACAACCUGAUCCCAAAGCGCCGGGUCAACCUCCGAGAAAGAACCAGGAACAAACGAAUUCAGGAGCUUCUGGAGGAGAAGAGGAACUUUCUCCUCAGGAUGAAGAGAGGCCACAGAGCACGAUAGACCAAGCCUUCUCAUUUCUCUUAUAGAGAUGAACAUUUUCUUUACAGACUUUCGUAAGCAAUUGUUUAAACCCCUCUGUGAACUGCCAUGAUGCUUUCUAUCAGGCCUCUCCACAAAAACGCAAAUCUCUGUCAUAUUACUAUCAUGACAAUCAGGACUGCAGCAGAGAAAGAAUAUCAUGGCCAAAUGUUUGAACAGUUGCUUUGAAUAAAGAAAAGCCCUUUAGAGUACAGACUGUUGCAGAUUUGAAGCAAAUCGCCUUGCCUGUGUAAACACAAUAAUGAGAAACAGAAGGGAUGAAAAGUGUACAUCCAGUUUGACCAGCACUUUACAAAGCCAAGCUUUUAUCCCUAUAAACCACCCACAGUCUUGUUUGAGGAUUCACCGAAUGGAUGAUGUAGAUAAGAUGUAAUGUAGUUUGUAAAAUGGUAUUAUCCGUACUGGCACUUAUGGAGAAACAAAAUCUACAACCUACAAUCCAAAUCUCCAUCCAAUAUUAUAUUACUGCCCAUGACUGCAGCUCAUUUCCCCCAAACAGAUAUGAAUACCUCUCAGCUACCUGAUAACAGCUACUGUAGCACAAGAUGAAAAUGUUUCCUUGUUUAGUGGCCAGCACUCUGAAUACCCUACACACACACACACACACUGACAAUUGGAGCCUUUGGAGGCCUGAGAGCAAUAGUGGUAAUGCCAAACAAUCAGAAAGUCAUAGUUUCCUUUUGGUUUAAUUUCAUUGUGUAAGUUUACACUGCUUGGAUCAUGUUGCCUUUUCCAAAGCAAACGGGGUCUUUCAUCUCUCAGGAAGUUAAGAUACAGUGAAGAAGUCUGGUGAGAGACAUUGCUGAACACUUGGUGCUUCCUGGAUUUUGAUGAUAUAUUUUGAUAUCUCAUGAAGCUAGUUGUAAAAAAACAAACUUAUUGAAGACAGAAAAAAUAUUUUGAUUGCAUUUUUUGUGUUUUGUUUUUUAACAGUCAAGUGGUGCUUUUUUUGUCAGAAAAAAAAAGAAUACAAAAAAAUAUAAUAAACCUGUUUGUAUUAACUGUAUCUACAUAGAAGCUUUGAGGGCCAGUAUAUUUUCUUUUCUAAAAGUUUUAUUAUUGGUACAUCUCUAACUUGCAGCAACUGCAAAAGCACCUAUGGAUCUUUCUGUACGAUAUCUGUACAUAUGAAAAAGAACUUAAUUUUUAAUAUUUAUUAAAGU